CAAACCCUCACUUAUCUUCACUGUGACUUCGAGAUGCGGCGCUCACUAAUACCCUCGGCGUCAACAAGUGCCUGAGAAAGUUUGAAUCUUGAUAGUCACAUCGUCACAUCAGGAAUAGCCUAACCUGAAGUUGGACUCCAUCCUAUACAUGCAGAACGCUGGCUUCCAUGUACACGAGACACUGAUAUUAAUACUAACACGCACAUGACAGGAUCAGGUGUUCAUCGUGUUGGACACAUUUAUAUACUGAGUCCUUCCCAUCAUGAUAUCACACCAGUCCCACAAUGCAGCCCACUAAACAAACACUCCCAAUCGGCGGUCUCCUCGUCGAUGUUUACUCCCACCCAACUUCAAUCUCUAGCUCUACAAACCCCAUCCACGCACUCUUCUUUCUGCAUGGCCGCUUCGACAGCGCACAAGAUCAAUAUAUAGUCGAUACCAUUAAAGUCAUUUUUGAUGAGAGUUAUGGAUCGGGUGUGGGAGAGAGGAAGAAAGAUCUUAUCGUCAUUGCUUUUUGUGUGGGGGAAAAGGAUCACAGGAACCACGGGACGAGACUCGUGAACCAGCAGCGGAAUUUCGCGUGGAGCAAAGAACCGGCUGAGAAUAAUGAUCAGCAUGCGGUAGACAUGUAUACCAUCCAAACUGGUACAGCACAAGACGUGUCCUUCUUAAUCGACCACAUUCCUUCCUCCCUCUAUCCCUCGGGUGAGCGAACGAUUGUGGAAUGGGGUAUGGGCGGUGUGAGUCUUGGAGGACAUUCGACGUGGAUUGCGCUUUCUAGAGAACCCCGCCUCACCCUCGGAAUCCCCAUAAUCGGCUGCCCCGACUACAUGAAACUAAUCUCUCGACGUGCCCAAUCCUCAAACAUCCCCCUCUCCCCACCUUACUUCCCCACUUCCUUUAUGACUUACGUAGAAAGGCACGACCCUGCACAACUGGCGUACCGCGCGAAGGACGCUUCCAACCCGUUUUUAGGGAAGAAGGUGUUGGUGCUUUCGGGGAAGGAGGAUAAACUUGUGCCAUGGGUGGCGUCGGCUGAGUUUGUGGAGGGUCUUGAAGUUGGAGAGGAGGGUGUGAAGAGGGUGGUGGUGGAGGAGGGGGCAGGGCAUGAGUGUACGAGUGGGAUGCGGAGGGAGGCUGGGUUAUUUGUGCGGGAGUGGUUGAGCGCGACUGCCGACGAGUUGAGAAGACCCUCUAGAAACUUUGCCGACAACGAUGAGGGUAGGAAGCGCUCUUCCAGUAUCUCUGGGGUUGUACUAGCGAAGGGACCACAGCAACAUUGGAGCGGGGCGCUCUGGCAGGACAGGACGGGAGUGGCAGGGGUCCUGGCGCGGUGGCAGGAGCCCUGGCUCGUAGUCGGUAGUCCACGCGUGUCGUAG